UUUCUUCUUCUUCUUCACCAGAAACCCUUUUAGUACUUUAAAAAUCGACUUUCAAAGCUUUCCAGUUUUCUCCCAUGGCAGCAAUCAAUCUGAAAUGAACAUCAUCAAUUUCCUCUCCGAACCCUAACCCUAUUUCCCAAAAUCUUCACCAUGAAACCCCUUUUUCCGAGACCCAUUUUUACAAUCUCUCUCUUCACUAACACGGUUACUACUACUACCAUUGCAAACCCAAGAACCUGCUUUCAAAUCGCUCAUUUCAGUACUAAUUUUCAAAAUCAAGGUCAAUCUUCAUACCCAUCUCGGCGUCAUGAAGAGGAGAGCCGUAAUGUGAAGGUAUCAGUGUGGUGGGAUUUCGAAAAUUGCUCUCCUCCAGCUGGUGUUAAUGUUUUUAAGAUUGCACAGAGUAUUACUGCGGCUAUUAGGGCAAAUGGGAUUAAGGGUCCUAUAAAUAUUACUGCUUUUGGUGAUGUAUUGCAGCUGUCUAGGAUGAAUCAGGAAGCACUUUCUUCUACUGGGAUUAAUCUUGCUCAUGUUCCUAAUGGUGGAAAGAACAGUGCUGACAGGUCUCUCCUUGUUGAUCUGAUGUAUUGGGUUUCUCAAAAUCCUCCGCCAGCACACCUUUUAUUGAUUUCAGGUGACAGGGAUUUUGCUGGAAUACUACACAGGCUGAGAAUGAACAACUACAACAUUCUUUUAGCUAGUCCAGAAAAUACUCCUAGCGUUCUUUAUAGUGCAGCUAGUAUCAUGUGGCAAUGGAAUGCGUUACUGAAGGGUGAAAACCUUGUAGGAAAGCAUUUUAACCAGCCACCAGAUGGUCCCUAUGGUUCUUGGUAUGGGCAUUACAAAGCACCUCUUGAUGACCCUUUUGCAGUUACUGAACAACCCACAAAUCUUCGUUCUGAGGAAGUUUCCGAAACUGUUUCAGAGCAGAAAUGUCGGCCCAUUCCAAAGUCAAUAGUGAGGCAUAUCCGCAAUAUUUUAAAUUCUUACCCCAAAGGAGUUAGUAUUACGGAACUUCGCGCAGAAUUAGCAAGAAGCAAUUUGAAUAUAGACAAAGACUUGUACGGAUAUAAGAAGUUCUCUCGUUUUCUUUUGGCCAUGCCAAAUAUUUUAAAACUCCAGUUCGUAAGUGAUGGGAAAUAUUUGGUGCGGACCACCAACCCUAAAGUUCCUGAACAGGGUGACAAUUUAAGCAUAAGUGUAGAGCCUGAACCUAAUGGAGAGGCAGAAUUUGCUGUUAAUCCUAUAUUGAAUGGUGAGACAGGCACAGGCAGUUGUAUGGAGGGCAAGAAUGUACCUCAAUCCCCUGAACGAAAAGUGAAAACAUCCCUAAGAAAAUUGCAGGGACCCCAGAGAGCACAGGAGGCAUGUACAGAAGUUCAGCAGCCCCCACCUGAGAAUGUGGUUGUUGAAGCAAGUGAGGGUCGACUGCAGACUACAGAGCAGCAUGGUUCCGCACCUGAAACUGGCUUUUUGAAAAGGUUAUGGAAUAGGUGGUUCGGGAACAAGGAGACUGUUUCUGGGGAAAUGAUCUUAAAUGUAAAGUCAAAAACUGCUUUGAAGGAUGUAGAAUUAAAGAGUCAUUCUCAGCAUUCAGAGGGCUCCCCUUCUUUUGCUUCUGGUAAUAAAACCAGUUCCAAAGAUUUAUCCUCUAUGCAUUCUGAGGAUACAACGGAUAAGCAUAACCAGCAGUCCAACCUUCUUAACAAUAUUAAGAGUUGGUGUAGAUCUUGGAGAAGUUCCAAUCUCUUGAAAGAAACAGGAUUAGAAUCCGAUGAAGAAUUCAAGAAGACAGAACUUUGUCCUGAGGCAGAGGAAUUAUUUUCAAAGGAGUCCUUUUGGAGAGACCUGGGAUCAUUUUUAAUUUCAAGCCAUGGUUCAGUGCUUAUCUUGCAAUCAAGAACUAGGGCCAAGAUGGCACAGAAUCUCCAACAAGAAGGUCCUUCGUUUCUGAAUUCUCUAAGUGAAGGUGAUGCUCUUCGUCUGGUAGACUUGCUAAUCUCAGAUAAGAAAUGGGUGGAUGAAUGUCUUUCCCGAACCUUCCCUUACAAGCUCAUUCAGCCAGCAGUCAAAGCUUCAAUCAACAGUAAUUCUUCCAAUUCGAAUGAGUUGAGUUCUGUGUUUAGGAAUACGAGAGAUACAUCUAAUUUGAAGAGCUCACAAAAACUUGAUGGCGAGAAAAUACACCAAAAUCCCCCUCACACGGGAGUUUCUCGACCGAUCAUUCAGGGCAGUUGUUCUGGUAAGUCUAGAAAUGAGGUGCUUACUGACUGUCAAGAGCUGGUGGAUGACAUUGUAAAGCAAUAUCCAGAAGGAUUCAACAUGAAUUCUUUCAGGUCUCUAUUCCGUGAAAAGUAUGGAUAUUUACUGGAUGUAAAUAAGCUUGGCUACACGAAGUUAAGUAAUCUUCUUCAGAUAAUGCCUGGGGUAAAAAUAGAGUCUACUUACAUUAUUCCUUCUGCUAAAGUCCUGAAAAGUCCAGGUCUAAAAACAGACGAGCCGUCUGAUCAAGAAAGUGAUCUCAGUGUUACUGGAACUAAUUUAGAUAGUGAAUCAUCAAGUUUGCCUGGGAAAGAUAACGAGUUUGAUUCUCGUUGGGAGGAACUAGGUCCAGUAUCUAAGGCAGGCCCUUCCAAUAAUAGAAUAAAACUGGGUUCUGAUGGAGAAGCCAAAGAUGAAUCAAGUGAACUAACACAUGGAAACUAUGAAGCCCCAUUGGAUCGUGACUUGUCUGAUUCCGAUGAAGACACAUCAUCAUCCACAAAACUGGACACUGGUAAGUCGAAAAUGAGGGAUGAAGAUAGCUCAUUGUUACAGAUUCUUGAUUCAUGGUACGGUAGAAAGGAUGUUGAUGGGACGUUAGAAUCUUCCAUCGAUGGUUCAAAAUUAGAUACAUCAAUAUCAGUUGACCAAAUGGAGAACUCUCCCUCUGGGAGAAAACAGAAGACUUAUUCAUUUGUGACUGACCAACCUGUGGACACUAAAGAUAAGUUGAUUGAUGGUAUAUUGGGUAGCUUAAAGAAGUCAGGCGAGAAGUCGCCUGAGACGAGGGUGUAGCUCUGAUGGUUGAGAAGAGAAGAUCAUUUAUGUGGUUUGGCUUCUUUACAUGAAUUUAUAGGAUAUGUAGUUAGCAAAUAGAACACACAUUACUCUAAUAUUUUGCUAUUUAUCUAUGAUAUAUGAUUAUAAUAGGCUAGUGUAUUAGAGAACUUUUUCAGAAGAGAAAUUUAUAUUGUUUUCUACUCUUAA